AUGUUCCCUCAUCCAAGACCGCCUCCCCCGCGGGAGGAUGAGAUGUACAUGACCAACACCAUCUCCGAAGAUAUGAGCGUGAAAGGCGCCCCCGAAGAGGGACAAACUACUGGGGCAUUCGGGCAAUAUGUUAAUGUUGGACAUAAUGACAUGCCCUAUACCGCGAAUCACCAAGCGGCGCGCCAACACCAGGUCAAGCAAGAUUACUCGUUCCAAAUGAUGCUGCUACAACAGCAGGAAAGGCAGAACGCCCGACGACUCCAGAUGGCUUUGGCUGAGCGUGAUCUACUCCGCCAAGAGUCUAGUGGUUCUGAAAACCCCGCCGCUUCUCUGGAGUACCGGGCUGUAGCCAACAGCCAGGCGAGGCCAGGCCAGUAUGCACCGGCUCCUGUUCCUCAUAACCCAUACCCCCAAGGCUCAGUCUUGGGGUACAACAAUGCCCCUUACGCUCCACAGAGACCACAAACUCGCACUCCAGACUCAGUAGACUCAUACGGUGUGAACCAGCAGUAUGCAAAUAAUGCACGCCCAGUCAUGUACACACCUCCCAGCCAAGGCAGCGUCUCUCUUUCGGAGGCAAAUGAUCUUAAAUCCCAGAUCACAGCUCUGCAAGCCAAGGUCCGUGAGCUGGAAGGGAAACCUGGGGUGACUACAGCCUCGAGGUAUCAGAUCCUCUAUCGAAUUGAGAAAGAUCUUACCUAUCCGGGUGACAAUCGAGGGGGGUUUGACAGCAACUAUCAAUUCAGACCGAUGCAUGAACUCAGAGAGAACACGGGGUUCUCAAUCACGCACAAUUCUGCGUGGAUGGGCAUUUACAGUGAUCCUCCAGAGCUCAUUCAUAGGAAUAUGGGUGCGCCAUAUCUGCGCUGCAAUGACCCACUGACCAACUUCGAACUUUACCUCGCUCUCAAUAGAGACAUAUCGUUCAUUGUCUUCCGGAACUACAAAAGAAGGGUUGAGCGGGAGUCGCCGAAUGCGAGGUAUACCACGCCAAAGCCCUUCAGUGAGAGUAUUCUCCCAGUCUCCGAAGACCUUAAAGAGGUGAUAGGGGAUUUCCUCAGCGCUCGAGAAUUUCAAUCCAUGAAUAAUGACUUCCGAGGUAACGGACAGGUCCAUUCGCCUUAUCUCUUUAUCUAUCAUAGCAGAGGAGCCAAAGAAUUGGAGGCGAAACAAAGAAUGAGCUCCGAGGCGCAAAGGCAAUUCGACCUGUUCUUGGACUAUAUCCAAGAGACCCGGGGUGAGGAAUACGCCGCAGCGGACCUGCUCUUGGAAAAAGGGAAAAUCCGCCCGGAAUACCUCCAAUACCUGUUCAAAAGCACUGAUCUCCUAGUCUCGACCAAAGACAAGGAGGAAACAUGUCAUGUAGCAAUGGAUUGGCCAAUUCAAGUCCAAACCGGAUCCAGCACCAAUCCCUCUUGGUACAUCAACGGGCAAACCUGGGGUUUCGAUGGCGACUUUUACAAAAUUCAUACCAGGCUUGAUUUCGAAAUUCCAGAGUCGCGAGAUAGCAAGGAGCUAAAGUCGCCCCAGCUUGGUCAGCACUUCGAGCAGCUGAGCCAGCUUCCCUCUUACCACGACUCAGACAAGGAUUCCAAAAGAGAGUAUGCCAUCACGGACCUCGUAGUAUUCCCGAUCAGAUAUGCCUCUGAAGAUCUCGUUCGCAAGCUUCAGCGCCGUGGAGAGACUUUCUGGAAACUCCGCACACGGCAGUAUGUGUCCUACCAAGCGACCGAGGAAGAAAACUUCCAGACUAUGGCCGAUGACAGAUACAUCAUAGACAUGAAUACCUACAACAGACUACACCCAGGCUCAAACGACAUUACCAAGAGAUUUGGAAAUGUGACUCGAAUACCACUCGACGAGCAAGCCCUGGCUAAAGAACACCCUCCCCCAGGAAGCUUCACCAUGUUAAUGCCCCCGAGGAUAACCGGAUUCAAUCUCCGACGCAAGAAAUGGUUCGAUCUAUCAGUCGAUCGAAUCUCAGAGGUUCAAUGGAACAAAAAGGCCUUCGAGAGUCUCGCCAUUGAUUCCAAAUCCAGAGAGUUGAUCGAAGCAUUGGUAACCAAGUACCUCGAGCCCGACUACUCCGCCGACCUAAUUGCCGGUAAAGGCAACGGCCUGAUCUUGCUUCUACACGGCGGCCCAGGAACGGGCAAAACCUUAACUGCCGAGAGCGUGGCCGAGAGAGCCGAAAGGCCUCUCUACCGAGUCACAUGCGGCGAUGUCGGGACCAAGCCCGAGGAGGUGGAGAAGUACCUCGAGUCUGUGCUUCACCUGGGCAAGAUCUGGAACUGUGUAGUGUUGCUCGACGAAGCGGAUGUUUUCCUCGAGCAGCGCGGCCUGGAAGAUCUGAACCGGAACGCGCUCGUAUCGGCAUUCCUGCGCGUUGUAGAGUACUUCGAAGGAAUUCUGAUCAUGACUACCAAUCGGGUAGGCACAUUUGAUGAGGCGUUCAAAUCACGAAUUCAGCUGGCACUGCACUAUCCGCCUCUCGGCGAGGAACAGAGACGGAUCAUUUGGAAGACGUUUAUCGAGCGAUUGGAUGGGGUUGGUCGGGAACCUGCCGAUGUCGAGAAUCUGCUGGAGAGCUUGGAUGUGCUUCAGGGGGAGAAGCUGAAUGGCCGGCAGAUUCGCAAUACCAUUACAACGGCUCGCCAGUAUUCGAAGUGGAAGGGGGAGGUUCUCACAUAUGAUCACCUCAAAGAUGUCAUUGAGGUAUCUGCGAAGUUUGAUGACUACUUGGAGAACAUUCACGUUGGUGGUCAUAUGUAG